AAAACAAGAAACACUUUAAAGAGCAUGGCUAAAUUCGUGUUAAUCUGCUUGUUUUUUCAUGUAAAAAAACUGAAGAACUAAAUGUAAUCAACAAACAUAAAUUAAAAUUCAAUGUCAACGUGCGUGUUAGUGCUAGUGCCACCUCUCGACCGGACCGACUCCUUCGUCCUCGUCUUGUUGCUUUGGCUUUCGUCGCUCGAACUUUAACCGAAAGAAGAGCUACAGGCAAACUUUCGCGACCAUGAAAACCUUUGACUUUGAUAACAAAGAGCGCGUAUAUGUAAUCUACGAAAUGAAAUCAGCACAAGGAGAGGACAUUGUAAAACUGUAAAACCGUAAUCAAAGAAGUUUGAACAAUAAUUUAACUCAAAGCAAAGGUCAGCUAGAGAAAAUGUGCAUAAAAAAUUGCGGCGACAUCAAAUUCCGGAAAAGCAAAGGUGAAGAAAUCGGCAAUGACGCUGGAAAGAAUAACGUCAUCCACGCAUCGUCCUCCGACUUUGAAUAUAUUAAACUUCAGCUACAGUUGCAGUCCAAGCUCAACAAGCCAAGGCAAAAAGGAUCGAAAUUGCCCAACUUCAGGAUUAUUAUGUGUUGUUGCUACUUAAUUAUCAUGGUCCUGAUAAUUUAA